AUGGGAAAGAGAAAGUUAUGUUUUCAAGAAACAUUGGUUUCCUUGUUUGUUUCUCUUGUCUUUAUAUUUCAUCAAGGAGUAAUCUGUCAAGAUGAUAGAAGCUUAGACAAUCCCGCGGCUAAUCGCCUCUAUAACCAAUUCGUCUUCGACAAAAUAUCAAAUCUCACAGAAGUUUUCGAGGAUGACAUCAAACGAGAACUCGGUUUCUGCAUUACCAAUGUAAAAGAAGAUUAUAAUGAAGCGUUUAACUUCUCUUCAAAACCAGGCUUUUUAAACGCAUGUGGUAAAACCACAAAAGGUGACAUGAUGCAGAGGAUAUGCACGGCUGCAGAAGUGAGGAUAUACUUCAAUGGAUUAUUAGGAGGUGCAAAGAGAGCUACGAACUACUUGAAACCAAACAAGAACUGCAAUCUAUCUUCAUGGAUGUCUGGAUGUGAACCUGGAUGGGCUUGUCGUACUGCUAAAGACGUGAAGGUUGAUCUUAAAGACGAUAAAAACGUUCCUGUAAGAACUCAGGAAUGCGCGCCUUGCUGUGCAGGUUUCUUCUGCCCUCGUGGGAUUACUUGCAUGAUACCUUGUCCUUUGGGAGCUUAUUGUCCAGAAGCUAAGCUGAACAGAACAACAGGACUAUGUGACCCAUAUCAUUACCAGCUUCCAUCUGGACAGCCAAAUCAUACUUGUGGUGGUGCUGAUAUUUGGGCUGAUAUUGUUAGUAGCAGUGAAGUUUUCUGUUCAGCUGGAUCUUUUUGUCCUUCAACUAUUGACAAGCUUCCUUGUACUAAAGGACAUUUCUGCAGGACAGGUUCUACUGCUGAAAAAAAUUGUUUUAAGCUGGCAACGUGCAAUCCAAGAUCAACAAAUCAGAACAUCACAGCAUAUGGAAUCAUGCUUUUUGCUGGGCUAGGUUUCUUGCUGAUAAUCUUAUACAACUGCUCUGAUCAAGUUCUUGCAACGAGAGAAAGAAGACAAGCAAAGUCCAGGGAAAAAGCAGUACAAAGCGUGCGUGAGACGCAAACGCAAGAGAAAUGGAAAUCAGCCAAAGAUAUAGCAAAGAAACAUGCCACAGAGCUUCAACAAUCGUUUUCAAGAACGUUUUCUCGGAGGAAGUCUAUGAAACAACCUGAUUUGAUGAGAGGUAUGAGCCAAGCAAAGCCUGGAUCAGAUGCUGCUUUACCACCAAUGGCCGGAGGCAGCUCAGACACAACCAAAAAGGGGAAAAAGAAGGAUAAGAACAAACUAACUGAGAUGUUACAGGACAUUGAACAAAACCCUGGAGACACUGAAGGUUUUAAGCUUGAGAUUGGUGACAAAAACAUUAAAAAACAUGCUCCAAAAGGAAAGUCAUUGCAUACUCAGAGCCAGAUGUUUAGGUAUGCUUAUGGCCAGAUUGAAAAGGAGAAAGCUAUGCAGGAGCAGAACCAGAACUUGACUUUCUCUGGAGUAAUCUCUAUGGCUAAUGACAUUGAAAUAAGAAAGAGACCUACCAUUGAAGUUGCAUUCAAAGAUCUUUCUAUUACUCUGAAAGGUAAAAACAAACAUCUCAUGAGAUGUGUGACUGGGAAGCUAUCACCUGGACGUGUUUCUGCUGUGAUGGGUCCUUCAGGAGCUGGCAAAACCACUUUCCUAACAGCUUUAACAGGGAAAGCACCAGGUUGCACCAUGAGUGGGAUGAUUCUUGUAAACGGAAAAGUUGAAUCAAUUCAAUCCUACAAGAGAAUCAUUGGCUUUGUGCCUCAAGAUGACAUAGUCCAUGGGAACUUGACAGUGGAGGAGAAUCUCUGGUUCAGUGCAAGAUGCAGGCUCCCUGCGGAUCUCCCUAAGCCUGAGAAGGUUUUAGUUGUGGAAAGAGUGAUUGAGUCACUAGGUCUUCAACAUGUCAGAGACUCUAUGGUUGGGACUGUGGAAAAGAGAGGAAUCUCUGGAGGUCAGAGGAAAAGAGUCAACGUUGGUCUUGAAAUGGUGAUGGAACCAUCACUUCUGAUAUUAGAUGAACCAACUUCAGGUCUUGACAGUUCAUCUUCUCAAUUACUUCUCAGAGCUCUACGCCGUGAAGCUCUUGAAGGAGUUAAUAUCUGUAUGGUUGUCCAUCAGCCCAGCUACACUCUCUUUAGGAUGUUUGAUGAUCUAAUACUUUUGGCAAAAGGUGGACUGAUAUGUUACCAAGGAUCAGUCAAGAAAGUAGAAGAAUACUUCUCAAGCCUUGGGAUAGUUGUCCCUGAGCGUGUGAAUCCUCCUGAUUACUACAUUGAUAUAUUGGAAGGGAUACUAAAGCCAAGCACAAGCUCAGGGGUUACCUAUAAGCAGCUUCCGGUUAGAUGGAUGCUUCAUAAUGGGUAUCCAGUUCCGUCUGACAUGUUAAAAAGCAUUGAAGGUAUGGCUUCUGCCUCUGCUGAGAACUCUGCUCAUGGUGGAAGUGCUCAUGGGAGUGUUGUGGGAGAUGAUGGAACAUCUUUUGCUGGAGAGUUCUGGCAAGAUGUCAAGGCAAAUGUUGAAAUCAAGAAAGAUACAUUGCAGAAUAACUUCAGUAGUUCUGGUGACUUGUCUGAAAGAGAAGUUCCUGGUGUUUAUCAGCAGUUCAGAUACUUCUUAGGAAGGUUAGGUAAACAGAGACUGAGAGAAGCAAGGACACUAGCUGUAGAUUACCUAAUACUUUUGCUUGCUGGUAUCUGCUUAGGAACACUUGCUAAAGUGAGCGAUGAAACGUUUGGUGCCAUGGGAUAUACAUACACAGUCAUUGCUGUCUCUCUCUUGUGUAAGAUUACUGCACUGAGAUCUUUCUCUCUUGAUAAACUACACUACUGGAGAGAAAGCCGAGCAGGAAUGAGCAGCCUAGCUUACUUCCUAGCAAAAGACACAGUUGAUCACUUCAACACCAUUGUCAAGCCUCUUGUUUAUCUCUCCAUGUUCUACUUCUUCAACAAUCCAAGAUCAUCCGUUGGAGACAACUACAUUGUCCUAAUCUGUCUUGUCUACUGUGUAACUGGCAUAGCUUAUGCCCUUGCCAUACUUUUCGAACCUGGUCCUGCUCAACUUUGGUCAGUGUUGCUUCCAGUGGUUCUGACUCUAAUAGCCACAAGUACAAACGACAACAAAAUUGUAGAGUCAAUCUCAGAGCUGUGCUAUACGAGAUGGGCUCUUGAAGCAUUUGUGGUAUCAAACGCUCAAAGAUAUAAAGGAGUUUGGCUUAUCACUCGCUGUGGAUCACUGAUGGAGAAUGGGUACAACAUCAAGCACUUCCCACGUUGCCUCAUCUUCCUGACACUAACCGGUAUCUUGAGCCGUUGUGCAGCAUUCUUUUGUAUGGUAACAUUCCAAAAGAAGUAG